GCCAGUCCUUUGCCAUUUGGCUAUUGCUACUUUCUCUCGGGUUUCAAUGGUAAAGUUCACUCCGUAUCUCUUUGUUAAGCCAGUCCAUUGUCUUUUUCGCCUGGUUUCGCUGCCGUUUUACCUGGCGGACCUUUCUAUCCAACCGCUGCUCGUUGGGUUGUAAGAGUAUCUUCUCUCUGUUGGCCAAUUUCAUGGUUAACCGGACUCCAGUCUGAAGCUACUUCCUUUGUCUAGCUAAGAAAGAGCUGCUUUGGUUCUAAUGGCUGCAUUUCUUCCGAGCGAAAAUGAAUUGGAUGGGGAUAGAAUUAGUCAACUUCCAGCAGAUGUAAAGGACAUGAUUAUGGAGUGUUUGGACACUCGUGAUGCUGCCAGAGUAGGUGUGCUCUCAACUCAAUGGAAGGAUGUUUGGUUGAGACAUGGUUGCCUUGUCUUUGAUUCCUGCUUCUUUCGACGUAAACCCUCGACUUUCGUCAACAUGGUAACGAACACUCUUAUGCUUCGUUCAGGACCUGUUAGGAAAUUUGAGUUCGUGAAUGCUGCUGUGGAUGUUAGGGAUAGUUGGUGUAAGCCAAAGCAGUCUGAUGUAGAUCAAUGGUGUCUUAUCCUAUCAAGAAUUGGAAUCGAGCAACUUACCAUAAGUGUUGUGAAUUUGACUGACGAAGGGUAUUAUAACCUUCCACAAUGUAUAAUCUCCUGUUCCACACUUAAGCGACUGAAACUAGCUGGUUUUCUUUUCUACUGCUCUGUUAAUGCUCGACUCAGUAGUAUAUUUACUAAUGUCACAUCUCUAGUUUUUGUGGGUGUCGUCUUUAUCCAUAUUGUCCAUGGAAGCACUAUAUCCAUUGUUCCUAAUCUUGAGGAGCUGGUUUUCGAGGCCUGUCAAGGGAUCCAUAAUUUUUUGAUCAGUGCUCCAAAACUUAAAAGCUUGACUGUUUUCUCUGGGUAUGUUGCUGAAUGGAAAUGGUUUCAGCUUCAUUUUCCAGUAACUAAGAGCCUUUCCCUGUCUCUAGAUACUCUUUCAGAUCCACUUUCAGAUAUACCUGAUACUGCACUGAAUGUGCAAGAGAUGUUCCCAACUGCGAUAAAUCUACAAGCGAUGAAGCUGGAUGAGUUCUGUUUUGGUUCUGCCCAACACUUCUCCUUUGCCAGUGAAAUGAUUAAAAAAUGUCCCAAGCUAUGCAAACUGGAAAUUAUUUCAAAUCAGGUAUGUUGGGUAGAUGAGAGACCAAGUCUUUGGGAGGAUCCUUUAGAUGGUGGCUUUAUUAUUGAUCAUGAUCUGGACAUGCUUAAAACAGUGAGCAUAGAUUCAUUUUUUGGAUAUAAACGGGAAGAGCUCUUUGUGAAAGCAAUCCUUUCAAAGUCACCUGUGCUUGAGGAACUUGUUAUCCGGCAAUCAGCCAAAAGAGUUGACUCAGUGGCUUCGAAAUUCAGAAAUGAGAUGCACUGCUUCCCUCGCGCUUCUUCAAAAGUGCGCAUUGUCAUUAAUUAUAUGUAAUGCCUCAUUAGCGUAAAAUGAGCAUGCUCAAACAUAUAUACAUGUUUUUAAAGCUACGAGCAACAUCCAGUGGCAGAAUGAACAUUUAAAAUUUUGAAAAAAAACGCGCAAGUAUGCAUAUGUAAAUUUAUGGAUUUAUUUAUUAUUCUUCAAGUUUUAAUUGUAAAACAUAAUGAAUUUUGUCGAUAUAUGCAGUGUAGAAACAUCAUGAAUUGUUAGUAGUGGCGUAACACCUGCCGACUGGAUGUAGAAUUGGUUCCUCCACAUAGACCUUUGUCUGAAGAAAUAGUAAUGAUGACAUUCUUCACAUCAACACCUAUUUUAGCAACAAAAAGGGGAUAACAGAGGUAAACAGACAGAUGGUCAGCUGAGCCUUAGAUUCUUUUUU